AUGGAUAUGAGCGCGCACGGCGCCCCGAAUCCGCAAUCGCAGGACAACGGGCAGCCGCGAAGCUAUUGGAGCCUGUCGGAACAUGUCGCGCUGAUGUACUGGCACAUUGCGCUUGAGAUUCUAGCGUGGGCAAUCAUCUUGCCAGUCGCUGUCAUGUUGAGCAUUGCGCACUCUCGAUUCACUCUACCUUCUCAACUGGCGUUUCUCGCCGUCAAUGCCUUCGCACUCGUGCUUGGCCUGAUUUACAGCCACAAGACGCCGAACCUAUACGAAAACAACUCGCAUAGCAAGACGGGAUGGGCUAUUACUUGGAUUGCUUCAGCAUGGGUCUUCAUGGCUCUGAUCCAGACCUACACCGGGCCAUCCCACGGAUUUUCGAGGACGGAGGAUGAAGCGGCACAGCCAAUAACUACCGCAAAUAUGGUCAGGUACCAGCGCGUGAAGGACGAAGAGCUUCCAAACCCAUCACGAUGGUCGAUUGACUCUGGCCAGGGCACUGAGCGCAACUCGGCGUCACUUUAUGGCCACUCUCGAUCACCUAGUGUGGAGUCGGAGAAUCAGCAGUUCUCUGGGCCAACGCGCAAGCACACACAUGAUGACCUCGACUCUUUCGACGACGGAUCUGAGAAACGCGGCUUCUUGCGCAACACUUCGGUGAACAGAUUCCUGUCGCGCAAUGCAGCACGGUUUGUAGUUGGUCGGACCCUGAAAGCCAUCCGGUUUCUUUACGUCGUGUUCGAACGCACAAUGCUCAUCCAAGGAUUCGUAGCCAUAGCUAACGGCACUGUCGUCUACGGCGGCAUCGGAAGAGGAGGAGCAGUCUUCAACGUGCUGGCUCACUACGUCAAGGGCGGAAUAUUCUUCCUCUACGGCCUCCUUACACUGGGUCGAUGGAUGGGAGCGUUUGCUGACUUUGGAUGGGCGUGGAACGUAAAACCACCGAAGGAGGUAGUCGGUCGUCGGAGGGCGGCUUUACCUUCGGCGGAGUUUACCGAGUCGUUCGUCAUCUGGCUGUACGGUGCCACCAAUGUCUUCCUUGAACACUUGGCUGCAUGGGGCGAUGCAUGGACAGCGCAGGACUUAGAGCACGUCUCGAUUUCUGUCAUGUUCUUUGGUGGUGGCUUGUUGGGAAUGAUCAUCGAGUCCACAAAGAUGAGAGCGCUGCUCAACAGCGCAGUAGUCUCUUCGCACACGCUUUUUCAAUCCAAUGAGCAAGCAUGGCAGCAGCCACGCCAGUACCGGGUUUCCAUGAACCCUCUGCCUGCUAUCAUCAUCAUGCUCCUUGGCAAGAUGAUGAGCUCUCACCACCAGGACUCGAUGCUCUCAACAAUGAUCCAUAUGCAGUGGGGCAACAUGUUCAUGGGUUUCGCUCUUGCGCGAGGACUCACAUAUCUGUUGCUGUAUCUCUCGCCACCAACAUCGUACCUUCCAGCCCGCCCGCCAACUGAGAUUGUGACUGCGUUCUGUCUCAUCUCUGGUGGCAUAACCUUCAUGCUCAGCAACAAGGACACCGUUGCAGUGCUCGAAUCCUAUAACCUCGAUGCCAUGUUCACCUUUACUGUAACGAUGGGCGUCACCGCUCUUCUCAUGGCCUGGGCUACCAUUUUGAUCGCCAUCAAGGGCUGGGCCCAACGGAAGGAGAUCAGGAGUCAAUAUGCAAAAAAACACGGCGGGGUGUUGGCCUAA